AUCCCGCAAUUGACAUCAGAGCUCCCUCGAAUUGAGUACCUAACUUAUUCACUUUCGAGCUUCAUAUUUCCAAACACUCCCUUUAACAGCAGUGCAAGACUACCCAUAGCAAUUGCUUAGCCACUCCCCCGCAUUGUCCCCCAGCACCCGGUACACAAGUACCACCCCCUCCCCCGAACAAUGCUUCAAACCCUCCGCACUCUACGCUCUCUCAACCCCACCACACGCACCAUCCGGAGCUUCUCAACCCACACAAUGGCCUCCUCACCACUUCGAAUAGGUUUCGUCCCAGAGCACUUCUCCACCCCCCUCGAGUUCGCGAAAAAACACCACGGCCUCUCCGCCACGCUCCUCCCCUUCCCCUCGGGAACCGGACACAUGGUCACCGCGCUCCAAGCCGGCGACAUCGACAUCGGCGUCGGGCUGACCGAAGGCUGGGUCUCCGCGCUCGGCAAAGCGCAAGCCGCGCGCAAGGACGCGGGAUUCCGGGUCGUGGGCACGUACGUCGAGACGCCUUUGUGCUGGGCGAUAUCGACGGGUGCGGCGCGGGGGGACGUCAAUGGCGUGGAAGACCUGCGGGGGAAGAGGGUCGGGGUGUCGAGGAUUGGGAGCGGGAGUUACGUUAUGAGUUUCGUGCUUGCGGAUCAGCGGGGGUGGUUGGGGGGGAAGGGGGGAGGGGAGGAGCCGUUUGGGGUGGAGGUGCUGAAUACGUUUAAGAGUCUACGGGACGGGGUUAAUGGGGGAGAGGCGGAUUUCUUCAUGUGGGAGCAUUUUACGAGUAAGAGGUAUUAUGAUAAUGGGGAGAUUAAGAGGGUUGGGGAGAUCUAUACGCCGUGGAGUUCGUGGAAGAUUGUUGCGGUGAAUGGAUUGUUGAAUCCGGAGAAUUGGUCGAGUGGGGAGGGGGCGGCGGCGGCGGCGUUGAAGGAGGAGCUGGAGGAUGCGUUGGUGAGGAUUAAUAAGGGGGUUAAGCAUUUCGAGGAGAAUCAGGAGGAGGCGGUGCAGUAUAUCAGUACGAAGCUGGAUUACUCGGAGGAGGAUGCUAGGGAGUGGCUCAAGACGGUGCGGUUUGCGGAUGAUGUGAGAGGGGUUGAUAGAGCGGUCAUUGAUAAGACCGUGAAUAUCCUGCAAAAGGCUGGUGUUUUGGACGACAGGGUAGAUGAGCAAGCUAUGAUUGGGCUUCAGCGAAAAUGAGCGACAGGAAUCUGUCUAGAAAAUGUAUAUUUGUAUAUUAUCGCUUAUAGCUAUGCGUGGUAUCUUUUGUGUAUAUGUGUGUAUGGUAUCCAUAUCUUCUGGAUCUGGUGUCGU